AUGAAAAGUUUGGCGAAUGCUGUUGGAGCGAAGACGGCGAGAGCCUGCGACAGCUGCGUGAAGAGACGUGCACGGUGGUACUGCGCCGCCGACGAUGCUUUUCUUUGCCAAUCCUGCGACGGUUUGGUCCACUCAGCGAACCCUCUUGCUCGCCGCCACGAGAGAGUCCGUUUGAAGUCUGCCAGCCCGGCCGCCGCAAAGCAUAGCCACCACGAAUCCACCACGUGGCAUCAUGGAUUCACUCGUAAAGCUCGGACUCCACGUGGCUCUAGUAAGAAGAACCAUCAAUCGGUCUUCCAUGACUUGGUGCCGGAGAUUAGCGUUGAGGAUCAGACGGACAGCUAUGAGCUUGAAGAGCAGCUGAUUUGCCAAGUGCCGGUUCUCGAUCCAAUGGUGGCUGAGCAAUUCUUAAACGAUGUCGUUGAGCCGAAGAUCGAGUUUCCUAUGAUGAUGAGAAGCGGUGUAACGGUCGAUGAUCAGGAGGAGGAAGACAACGUUGUCGAGAGUUGUCUGAAUGGUUUUUUCCCGACCGACAUGGAGCUUGAGGAGUUCGCUGCUGACGUUGAGACUCUACUCGGUCGUGGGUUAGACACGGAGUCUUAUGCCAUGGAGGAGCUAGGGUUAUCUAACUCAUCAGAGAUGUUUAAAAUCGAGGUAGAGGAAGAAGAAGAAGUCGAAAGAAAAGCCAUGAACAUGGAAACAUUCGAUGAUGACCGGGAAGAUGAGAAUAGAACGGUACCGUUUGAGCUAACCUUUGAUUACGAGUCACACAAGACAUGUGAAGAAGAGGUCAUAAAGAGUGUUGAAAGAAGUAGUGAUGAAUGUAUUAAGGUGAAGGAGGAAGAGCAGAAGAAUGUACUGAUGCUGAGAUUAAACUACGACUCGGUGAUAUCCAUAUGGGGAGGCCAAGGUCCACCGUGGACUUCAGGAGAGCCACCGGAACUAGACAUAGACAUCAUCAACAGUUGGCCGAGUAUUUCCAUGGGAGAAAAUGGAGGAGAAAGUCAUCAGAAGCAAUACGUUGGUGGAUGUUUACCUUCAAGUGGGUUUGGGGAUGGAGGAAGAGAAGCUAGGGUUUCUAGGUACCGAGAGAAGAGGAGAACGAGGUUGUUCUCUAAGAAGAUAAGGUACGAGGUACGUAAACUGAAUGCGGAGAAAAGACCUCGAAUGAAGGGAAGAUUCGUCAAGAGAUCAUCGCUUGGUGUUUCUGCUUCAAAUUCACCAUUAGGUGUGAAUUACUGA